AUGAAUAGAACGAUCUGUAAUAUAAAAUAUGAUAUUAAUUCAUUAAAUGAGAAGGUUGAUAAAAUGUAUGAUACUAUAUUAUUGGAACCAAGUUGCUUUGAUCAUUCAUCUACAGAAAAAAAUACUGAAAAUAUAUUCCAAAUGGAACUAUCAAAUCUUCCAUUGGAAACAGAAGAUGAGCUAGAGGAAUUUGAAAAAAAACUUACAGCCAAUAAAGAAUUUAGAAUGAAACUGAUUGCAGAGCUCAAACGUUUUUCACGUAGCACAUUGCCCAGUACUGUGCGUAUUAUAUUGAGAAAAAUUUUUACAGAUGCAUUGCUUGAAAAGUUUAGCUACAAGGGUUUGAAAUAA